AUGACAUCUUGCUUCAGCCAGGACUUCCUCAAGGAGCUGGUCAGAUAUGAACCAACGCUAUCUGGCGCGGCUAAAAUCCUCUCGAAGCAUCCCCUCAUCGACGGCCACAACGACCUCCUCUUCCUGAUUCGACUACUGUACCAGAACAAGAUUUACCAACACAACUUCACGCAGCCAUUCGAGCACGGCAACUUCAGCUCCGAGUUCGACCUCUACCGCGCCGACAAAGGCCGCAUGGGAGGUGCAUUCUGGUCCGCGUGGGUCCCAUGUCCUUCCGACGGCCUCGACUUCUCGGACGAAGCCUACGCACCGUUCGUCAAAGGUACUCUCGAACAAAUCGACCUUUUCAAUCGCCUUUCCGCGCAGUAUCCCAAAUACUUCACCCCUUCCCGCAAUGCCGCCGAAGCCGAACGCAACUUCAAGCAAGGCAAGCUCAUCUCUCCUCUCGCAAUCGAAGGUCUCCACCAGAUCGGCAACUCAAUUUCCACUCUCCGCCUGUAUCACGCCCUCGGCGUGCGCUAUGCGACCAUGAACUGGAACUGCCACAACAUCUACUCCGAUGCCGCGGUCGUCGAGGUGGAUAACGAGAGCCGGGCUUCCAAACCAUACUGGGGAGGCGUCAGUCCUGCCGGCCACAAAUUGGUGCAAGAAAUGAACCGUCUGGGCAUGCUCGUCGACCUCUCGCACGUCUCCGCGAACACGAUGAGAGAUGUCCUCGGUGGGUCGCCGGAGAAGGGCUGGAAUGGGAGUGUGGCGCCGCCGAUCUUUUCGCACAGCAGCGCGUACUCGCUAUGUCCACAUCCACGCAAUGUCCCAGACGACAUCCUCCGCCUGGUCAAGAAACGAAACUCAGUGGUGAUGGUCAACUUCUCCCCCGACUUUGUGAGCUGCAAAGCCAGCAACUCCUCGACUGGACUGCCGGAUUUCGUCGAAGAGACCAAUACGAUCGAGCAUGUCGUCGAGCACAUCAUGCACAUCGGCGAGCUUAUUGGCUACGACCACGUCGGAAUCGGAAGUGACUUUGAUGGUAUUGAAAGCACGCCGAGAGGACUGGAGGAUGUCACCAAGUUUCCGGAUCUGAUUGAUCUUCUGCUGGAGAAAGGUGUGAGCGAAGAAGACUGUGCAAAGAUUGCGGGUGGGAACCUGCUGCGGGUCUGGCAUGAGGCGGAUCGUGUUGCUGCGAAGUUGCAGAAGGAACUCGAGCCGCUUGAGGAUAAGCCUGGUUGGUUGUUUGGACGAUGA